CCCUUCAGCUGCUCGGUGUGCGGCAAGCGGUUCACCCAGACGUCCAACCUGCUCACCCACCAGCGCAUCCACUCGGGCGAGCGGCCCUUCACCUGCUCCGUGUGCGGCAAGGGCUUCACCGGCUCGUCCAACCUGCAGAUCCACCAGCGCACACACACCGGCGAGCGGCCCUUCAACUGCACACUGUGCGGCAAGGAGUUCACCCAGGCGUCCAGCCUGCUCACCCACCAGCGCAUCCACACCGGCGAGCGGCCCUUCACCUGCUCCAUGUGCGGUAAGGGCUUCACCCGCAGCUCCCACCUGCUCACCCACCAGCGCAUCCACACCGGCGAGCGGCCCUUCACCUGCGGCGUCUGCGGCAAGGGCUUCACCCGCAGCUCCCACCUGGUCACUCACCGGCGGGUGCACACCGACGCCCGGCCCUUCAAGUGCCCCGACUGCGGCAAGACCUUCAAGGGCUCGGAGGAGCUGGUCAAGCACCAGCGGGUGCACACCGAUGAGCGGCCGUGCGGCUGCCCGCUCUGCGGCAAGCGCUUCCGGCAGCUCUCGCACCUGCUGACCCACCAGCGGGUGCACACCGGCGAGCGGCCCUUCGUCUGCCCCGUCUGCAACAAGGAGUUCACCCAGUCCUCCCACCUGCUGCGGCACCAGCGGCUGCACGCCAGCGGCCAGAGGCCCUUCAUCUGCUCUGCCUGCGGCAAGGGCUUCGCCCAGUGGCCAGAGCUGCUGGCCCACCAGUGCGCGGUGCCCGGCCAGCCACAGCAAGCUGCCGACCCCGUGGUCUACGUGCAGUUCCAGUUAUCGUUGUUGUCUCUGGGCAAUGCCCCAUUGGCCAAGCUGACCCAAAGCCCAGCAUUCCCCGCGGUGAAUCGACAAGCCGGAGAGCAGAGCGCAUGCGCAGUCCUGGACGGUGUACGGACCAUGCGCGGGAUUACAAAUGGCGAACCUCCCACUACUCCGUUGUGCACCAAACGGGGCAGAGGCUCCAGGCUUCCUCCCAGCAACAGGCCCCAGGACGUGGCCGCCAUCGUUAUUGGGGGCACUCGACAGGAGGACGCAUGCGCAGCCGCCAUAUUUGUAGGGGAACGUCGGAUUUUGAAAAUGGAAGGAGAAAGCACUGCUCACAGUGAGGAGAAACCACAUAAGUGUUCUGUGUGUGGACGAGGCUUCCCACAAUUACUUGGUCUAUCAGAACAUAAAUGUAGGAACAACAAAGAGAAACCAUGGAAGUGUGGGGACUGUGGGAAAGGAUUCAGUUCCCCAUCAAAUCUUGAAACACAUCGACGCGUUCACACUGGGGAGAGGCCGUUCACCUGCUCCGACUGUGGGGAAGGAUUCACUCAGUUAUCCCACCUGCUGACACACCGGCGAGUGCACACUGGGGAGAGGCCAUUCACUUGCUCUGAGUGUGGGAAGGGAUUCACUCAGUCAUCCCAUUUGCUGACACACCAGCGAGUGCACACUGGAGAGAGGCCAUUCACUUGCUUAGUAUGUGGGAAGGGAUUCACUCAGUUAUCCCUCCUGCAAAGACACCAGCGAGUUCACACUGGAGAGAGGCCGUUCAGCUGCUCUGACUGUGGGAAAGGAUUCAUUCAGCUAUCCCACCUGCUGAGACACCAGCGAGGCCACUCUGGAGAGAGACCGUUCACCUGCUCUGAAUGUGGGAAGGGAUUCACUGCCUCAUCCACCCUGAUGGUGCACCAGCGUGUUCACACUGAGGAGACGCCAUUCAAGUGCUCUCACUGCGGAAUUGGGUUCAAGCACUCCUCUAACCUCACCGUACACCAGAGAGUUCAUACUGGGGAGCGGCCAUACACCUGCUCCAUGUGUGGGAAGGGAUUUACUCGGUCAUCCUACCUACUGACACACCAGCGUCUUCACACUGGAGAGAGACCAUUCACUUGCUCCAUGUGUGGGAAGGGAUUCCCUUGUUCAUCCCACCUGCUGAGGCACCAGCGGGUUCAUAAGUAACUACAUUGGUUGGAUAGUGUACUUAAUUCAGACACUAUUAUUUUAUAUUAUUAUUGAUAUGUAGGAGCCAUUGGAUAGAUUAUCUUAAAUUUAAUAGGGCACUGGGACUGAAUGAGCUAUAUCAAGGACAGUGAGGGAAAUGAAAAUUGAAAUGGUGCAGGCUGUGGUCAUAACUUUCCACAUUCAAUGGUGAUGCCAGUUAUUACACCCUUGUUGUAAAAAUAAUUGUGCAAAGAUAAACCUUGCAGCUACAGGCCGGUCAGGUUCAUUUUGUUGGUUGAGAAACUUUUAGAAGUAAUAAGCUAGAAUGUUACUUAAUAGCAAUAUUGUCAAUUACUAGGAGUCUGAGGGGGGUUUGUUAUAGAAGUGUAUAAGGUCAUGACAGGCAUGGAUAGGGUGAAAGCGCUCAGUCAUUUUCCCAGGGUUGGGGA